AUGGCCCCUUACAGCUCGUGCCUGUCAGUUGCGGCAGCCAACCGUACCAAUCGGAUUGCUGCAUUUGCUCCCCCUACCCCCCCAGGCCUGACGGUGCACGUGGACAAGCGCAUGACGCUGGCAGCGUUCAAGCGCCACCUGGAGCCCGUGGUGGGGGUGUCCUCCAGCCAGUUCAAGGUCUUCCGCGUCUACGCCAACAACCAGGAGUUUGAGAGCGUGCGUCUCAACGAGACCCUCUCCUCCUUCUCCGACGACAACCGGGUAACCAUUCGGCUGGGCCGCGCUCUUAGAAAAGGGGAGUACCGCGUGAAGGUUUACCAGCUGCUGCUCAAGGAGCCCGAGCCAUGCAAGUUCCUCCUGGACACCGUAUUUGCCAAGGGCAUGUCCGUACGGCAAUCCAAGGAGGAGCUGCUGCCACAGCUGCAGCAGCAGUGUGCACUGCACCUGAACAUUGACAGGUUCCGUUUGCGGAAGAAAACGUGGAAAAAUCCCGGGACGAUCUUCUUGGACACGCAGACCUACGAAGACGACAUCCCCAUCUUCAGCAAUUGGGAAGUGUUUCUCGAACUUCUGGAAGCUCCAGAGCGUAUGGUGUGCAUGUCCCAGCUGGCUGUGCUAGCGCGACGCUGGAAGCCUUCGACGCUGGUGCUGGAGCCGUUCGAGGAGGUUGUCCUGGAGAGCAACAGCGUGGAUGAGCUCAAGGAAAAGCUCGGUAAACUUGGUCAGAUUUCUCCAGAAGAUGUUGAAUUUGCAAAGGGCCGCGGGACGUUCCCAUGCGACAUCUCUGUGCUCGAGAUUCACCAGGACCUGGACUGGAACCCUAAGGUGACCACACUCAAUGUGUGGCCACUCUACAUCUGCGACGAUGGAGCUGUUGUCUUCUACAGGAAUCGCGACGAGGCCAUCCAGGAGCUGUCGGACGAGCAGCGCAGCGAGCUGCAGAAGAAGGAGAGCAUGCGGCUGCAGCGGACGGGGGGCCAGCAGGUGCCGUACUCGCCGCGCAAGGAGAAGGCCCUCAAGAUCUACGUGGACGGCGGGGUCACGCGAGAGUAGUGCCCGGCCGCUGCCGGCGCCCGACCCGGCUUGGCUUGAAACUCGACGACGCAGACCCAGGGGGAGCAGGCCUGGCGCGGCGCCGAUUGCCUUUGCGGGGACGGCAUGGCAAGCGCGGACAUGGUUGGGGUGCUCAUUCGCCACGAAAGGGAGAGAUGGGAAGGAGGAGGAGCAGCAGGGGAGGCGUGUAGCUGUGGAGGACUGUACCAGGCCCCCCCUUUCUUUUCCAAGAAAUUGUUUGGGUUUUAUUUCAACUUGGCUCGGUUGUUUACGUUACGCUUUGGUGGCCACGCAAAACAUUUGUCCCGACGUGAUUUCUUGUAUUCGGUAACUGACGCUAGAUUUGGCACCAACAUACGUUGCGUCUGAUUUUUCUUUGUACCGCAUCUGAGGGUUGAGAUCUUGACUAGAAGGCAAAAAGCUGCUACCCUUUUCAAAUGUGACGCGUGUGACCGAAGUUGAUUGAAGGCAUGGAUUUAAAUGGUAAGUGAAAUUGGCAUGUUUGUUUCUUUUGUCCAUGUGCAUAUACAAUCAUCUCGCAUAUACAGUAGCAACCGAUUCGUUUGAACAUUAAAACAGUAUCCUUUCAUGAACCUACGGCUGCUCUCUAUUUUGAGCUUUUUAAACGUCCGAGAACGAUGUUCACAUGCAUCUGCAAUGGGUCGUAAGUCACGUGCUGAAAACCCAAUGGAAUAACAUUUGCCACUGUGCUAGUAAUGCUGAACAUUCAGUCCAGCCUUGUUUUGGGACUACUACCGCACUGUAAAUGAAACUGCGCACGGCAUUUCACCAUCUCAUGUAACCCAGAAGUAUGACCGUUUAAACAUGUGUCAUAUGUUACAGGACAUUGCACGGUCACUGGUUUGUGGAAACCCUUUGUGAGAUUUGUAAUUACGAGGCAAUGAGACAACACUGAAAUGCUGCUACAUGCAGAACGAGAGCUUAGCUCAUGCUUUGUUCAUUAUUGAUUACAAGUCUUUGUUUUACCCCUCUUUGAGUUAAAUUUUGCUCUGUUGUGUUCCCCCACCCCCCAUAAGAAGGUACAAUGUGGUUUUGGUUGUGACUGCUGAUUGCCUGGCAUCUCGCGUUGUAUUUAACUUAAGCGCUCGUGUAAUUACUGGUGUUUAUGACUUCUGGUUUCAACGACUUGGCAGCAGUCGUCGAUAUUAGAUGAAUAAAGAGCAACAUGUGGAUGAAAUAACCUGGAAAAUAAAAUGGUGUCACUCUGCCAUUUUAUUUGCUAUACAAUAAACAGUAUCAAUGAAAAAUUA